AUGUAUGAAGACUCUUCAGACAAAAUGAACGGAUAUCAGAAGAUUUGUGUGAUUGUUGUUUGCAUAGCGACUUUACAAGAAGUCGCUUCAUCAUCAACAAAAGAAAGUCGGACUGGUGGUUUGAAUAUACCAGAGAAGAUCAUCGGUGGAGUCAUUGAAAUUGUUCAAAGUCACAAGAAUAAGCCAGUCCAAGGCGUCCAGCCUAUGCCUUCGUAUCCACCAAACGCACAAUACAACUAUCAACAGUAUCCACAAUAUCAGCAAUGGAACUCCCAAUCCAACUACCAAAAUCAGGGAUAUCAAACCCCUACACAGUACCCUGUACAAUAUCCCAGCCCAGCCCAGGGACAAUACUCUUAUCAAAAUAGCUACAACCAAGCAGGAAACUUUCCCCAGGGUGGUAAUUUUAAUAACCAAGCUUAUCCCGCAGGAUCUGGACAAACUUUUACUCAAGGCCAAGCUCCACAGGGACCAUAUCAAGGAGUGUACCAAAACUCUAAUCAAUUUAGCCAGCCUGGUCAGUUCCAGAAUCAACAGUCAGGUUUCUUUACUAACCAAAACCAGGCCAGCAAUCAGUAUCAAGGAAGCUCUUCUGGUUUUCAAGGACAAUCAGGUCAAGGUCAAGGAACUCUUGGAAAUGGUCAGAUCAGCCAAGGAUUCUUGAUCUCGGGGGGUCAGCAGGGAUCAAGCGGUGGAGGAGGACAAGGACCAACGUGUGUUUGUCAGGCUUGGACCAAACCGCAACCCGGUUAUGAAGUUUUAGCUGAUACUCCAGUUACAGAAAAAAAUGAAAAGAAGGAAGAAAUAACGAAU